AUGAAUCCUGAUCUCAUGACGGUGCUAAGCAUGCGUCAAAAGGAGAUGUCGUAUCACCAACUCGCUCUUCCUGGCCGCCUCUCACCUGCAAUCUCUAAUGAUUUUGGCGCCAACUUGCCGCUUAAAUCGUCGGACAUGCAUGACCAAGACUCGGGUUUUAGUCUACAGACGUCAAACUUUGAGCAAUUUGGCUUCACGUGGCACUGGAUUAUCGAGGUAGCGACUCAUUUCGCGCUUCAGCGACAAACUGCACACUUUGCUAACCAGUAUGCGCAAGUUUUGCUGCGUCGUCGUGUUGCUUUUUCGAAAAAAAGUUACACAAUUGGCUUUCGAGACGACGUACGUUACAUGCAGAGGCAGCUGCGCGUACUUGGCCUAUCGUGUGUCUUUAUGGCGGCAAAGAUUGAGGAAGUGCACCCACCCAAGGCAGCUGAACUCGUUGCAUUUUUGGCCAAACGUGGCGCUGUUAAAUUGGCUGCAGAAGAUCUGGCACGUCUCGAAGUGGAUUACGUUGUGGAACUGCAAUGGAAUUUGCACCCUACGACGCCUUACGCAUGGCUACUUUUCAUGGUGGCGGGGGGCUCGGCUGAUCAACGUCCAUUGGAUACUAUGGGCGACUUUGUCAAUCCAUCACGCAAUCUUUCGGGCACGAAGGAGCUGUUUGUGAACGCUAUCCGCUUAGUCGACAUUGCGCUGCUUGACUUUCAGGCCAUUGAAUAUUGGCCCAGUGUUCUUGCUGGUGCGGCCUUGUUGCUUGUGGACCCGGCGUUGGACUUCAUGUUCGUGGCACAGUUCCUACAGUUGGACCCAAAUGUGCUCUGGGAGUGCAAGUCAUGGCUUUACGCCAUGGCUUUUGGUGUAUGUGAUCUCGAGGCUUUGAGCACGCAGGCUAAGGACCGCUGGGUCAAGGUGCCGGUGGAGGAAUUGCUGUUCAUUCAAUCGCAGGUUGUGGUGCCUAGUCACUUGGCUUGCGGUCUACUGCGUCCGGACAGCUUGGUGGAUUUGUGCUCUGCUGGUUUGCACACUCCACUCGGAAAGGGCUAUGGCCUUGAUACUUGUCAGUCACCCUGUUCUCCUAGCAACAAUUAUGCCAUGGUGGCACCACCGUCAAAUUGCAUUUGUAAAAGUGGCUAUCACACAUGCGGUGGAGAGACGCCCGGUCCGCAUGUUUACCAUUUUAAGUACGGCUGGCAGGGAAUUGAAACAGGCCUGAUCACGGAGCCAACCUUGGGAUAUCAACAAGAGCAUUACAUGCAGUACCCGUAG